AGGAGCGAAAUAAACAUAAUUAUACAAUUCUGAACCGAAUCAAAUCGAAUUUUGUUUUUUAAACCGGUUGAUUUAUUUACGGUUUAUGUUUAGUUGAACAAUAAAUUGAUGGGCCUUACUGGGCCACGGGUAAGGUCCAAAAGUUACAGAUAGUCACCUUUUUCGAGUUGCUCGUUAUCCCAUAACGCAGGGGCAUAAUCGUAGAUCUUUUUAGAGCUAUAUUUCAAAAUUCGAAGGAGCGGCGUCACUCACUGUCUCUCUCUCUCUCGUUGAGUCUGAAUAAGCGGAAGAUCUGGAGAUUGAAGGACAAUGGCGUUCGCGAAGGCACCACGACUAGGUAAAGAUGAUAUCCUUGGGAACCGAGCAUGUACUAGGAGUUUCAAAGUGUAUACCGAUACACAGAAGACUGAUCCAGCUUGUAAAGUGUAAGUUCAUCUCUUGUGGGAGUAUUUGUUCAUCUUUCAAUCUGAGUGAUACUCUUGCCUGUUUAUGCAGAGGUGCUGCACACAAGACUCGUAUUCCUUUAAGGAGAAAAUCUGUGACAAUUAGCAGUGGAGCAACUUCUAACACUAACAAUAUGAAGAAGGGAACUUCAAGAGUCACGGGCCAGAACAAAAGCAGUAAUGAAAAUUCUGAGAAAUAUACUAAGGUCACAAGAAAAGCAUUGGCUGAUUUGAGUAAUGUUGGUGGGAACACUUUAAGGCCAGCGCUUUCUGGCAGCAGUACCAUGAAAUGGAAGGGUGUAAAAUGUGCAAAUCCGCAAAGGAUUUCAGUUGGUUCUGCCAGAGUUCAUGAUAUUUCACUGAAAAAAUCUACCAAGGAAAAUGUCUCAAGCUUUGAUUCAAAACAAUUGGGUCAAGGUCUAGCCGGUAAAGUCAGCAACAAAGCCCAGCUAAGCAGUGCCAGAAGCUUUACCUGGAAAACACGGACAAGUGUCAGUACUAUACCAUCGGACGGAACCAACCAGAGUAAGAAUAAGGUCCGUAUCGCAAGGAAAUCUAUCAAGAUCCAGACAACUGUGAGGACCUCGCUGCAAAACCGUAGUCCUCUUAAGAAGCCCCCGGUCGGUAAAAGCAAAUCACAAUCUUUUCUUUCGGUCCCUUCACCUGAAGAAGCUGCAUCGGCACUGUCAAUUCCGGAACAGACUGAAACAGAAGGUCCUAAAGAAGAUACUCAAGGAGAGAGUUCAUCUAAUGUAAAAAAAGACUCUUCUACGAAAGUGUUGGACGUUACAGCGAGACCAAAAUCAAAACGUAGAAAGUCUUUCACAUCUCUACUAGUAACUGGAUCGAAGAAAAAUGAUGAGACUGCACAGCAAGAAAAACUUCCAAACAUUGAUGAUGAAUCCAAUCAGCUAGAAGUUGCAGAAUACGUGGACGACAUAUAUCAGUUCUAUUGGACUGCUGAGGCGUUAAAUCCAGCUUUGGGAUACUACUUGUCAACUCAGACAAAAGUUAGUCCUGUUACGCGUGGAAUUUUGAUAAAUUGGCUUAUCGAAGUUCAUUCCAAAUUUGAUCUGAUGCAUGAGACUCUCUACCUCACAAUGAAUUUAUUGGAUCGCUACCUCUCCCAAGUUCCAGUACAGAAAAAUGAGAUGCAAUUGAUUGGUCUUACUGCGCUCUUACUUGCCUCUAAAUACGAGGACUAUUGGCAUCCUAGGAUCAAAGACUUGAUUAGCAUCUCCGCAGAAACUUACACAAGAGAACAAAUCCUGGGAAUGGAGAGGACUAUGCUCAAACAGUUAAAGUUCCGUUUGAAUGAAGCGACCCCUUACGUUUUCAUGUUGAGGUUCCUAAAAGCUGCUCAAUCAAACAAGAAGCUUCAACAACUCUCCUUCUACCUAAUAGAGCUGUGCUUGGUUGAGUAUGAAGCUUUGAAGUUCAAGCCUUCGUUGCUCUGCGCAUCAGCCAUCUAUGUAGCACGCUGCACUUUACAUAUGACUCCAGUUUGGACCGCGCUCCUAAACAGCCAUACCCACUACAAUGUCUCCCAAAUGAAGGAUUGUUCUGACAUGAUCCUAAGGUUCCAUAAAGCUGCGAAGACAGGAAAACUGAGGGUCACUUACGACAAGUACAUGAAAUCAGAACGAAGUAACGUCGCAGUCUUGAAACCCUUGGACAAGCUUCCUCUCUAAACCAAUCUAAAGGGAGAUACAUCUACAUAGGCUCUAGCCAGAUUUUAAAACAAAACUCAGGCUAAUGGUGAUUCUUGAUUAGGUGUAUGUUGUUUUGCUGUGUGCUUCUAAUAUUUCAAAUGAUCACAAAGACAAAACUCCAAUGUAGUGACAAAGUUGUAUAAAGCUUCUGCAAUGACAUUACACUUUUAUGUUUC